GAAACCUUCAGAGCAAAAAAUGGAUGAUUUAUUUACUACAACAGAAUUCUAUUACACUGAUUACACCGAUUUUGCAGAAGGCAAAGUUUGCAGUUUGGAAGAUGUUCGACAGUUUAAGAAAAAAUUUGCCCCUGUUGUACUUUCCCUGAUUUUUGCAGUGGGACUUGUAGGCAACCUGUUAGUUGUUAUAACUUUCAGGUACUAUAAGAGAACAAAAUCUAUGACAGAUGUGUACCUUUUGAACAUGGCAGUAGCUGACAUACUAUUUGUUUUAACCCUUCCAUUCUGGACUGUGAAUUAUCAUAAAGGAGAAUGGAUUUUCAAGGAUUUCAUGUGCAAAUUUAUCAGAUCUAUUUAUGCAAUCAAUUUCACGUGCAGCAUGCUGUUGUUGGCAUGUGUUGGCAUUGAUCGAUAUGUUGCAAUUGUUCAGGUUACUAAAUCGUUUCGGUUCAGAACAACCACUAUGGCAUACAAAAGAGUGAUUUGUUUCUCUGUGUGGAUCAUGUCUGCUUGCCUUUCAGGUCUAACAUACUAUUUCAGUAAGUGUUAUAAAUAUAAUGAAAGAUUUGUUUGUGAAGCAAGUUACCCAGAAGAUGCAACAGCAUUAAAGUGGAAGUUAGCAGUUAUAAUUGUGCAAAUUAGUCUAGGGUUUUGUAUUCCAUUUUUUGUAAUGUUUUUUUGCUACUUGUGCAUAAUUAAAACACUUCUGCAGGCACAUAAUUCUCAAAGACACAAGGCAAUACGUGUCAUAGUUGCUGUGGUGGCUGUGUUCUUAGUCUGCCAGGUACCAUAUAAUGUGGUCCUUGUGAUAAAAGCUACUCAGUUAGGGCGUACAGAUGGUAUCUGCUCAAAAAAUAUUAACUAUGCUUAUGCAUUUUUUAUCACUGAAACUGUGGCUUUUUUUCACUGCUGCCUUAAUCCUGUAAUCUAUGCAUUUGUUGGGGUAAAAUUUAGAAAUUACUUUAUGAAAAUAAUGCAAGAUCUGUGGUGUAUAAGUAAGCAGUAUAUGGUAGGUUCCCGUAUCUCCCGAGUGCCAUCUGAAACCUCCAGGAGAACAAGUGAAGUCUAUGUCACAGAAGGCGGCUCUUCAUUUACAAUGUAACAUAGAAUUCACCAUUUCAACAUUUUUAAACAAAUACAGGUAUGGGACCUGUUAUCCAGAAUUCUCAGGACCUGAAGUUUUCUGAA